AUGCCCCCUCGAAAGAAAGCCAAGCUCACCCCCCCAGGCGGCACCACCGAACCCUCCUCCGCAAGCGCCGCCGCCCCGGGGGGAACCCAACCGCCCGCCGACUACGACCCGGUCACAGACCCCUGGACAGAUGAGCAAGAGACAGCAUUGUUGAAGGGGAUCAUCAAAUGGAAGCCCGUCGGCAUGCAUAAACACUUCCGCAUGAUCGCUAUCUCGGAAUUCAUGAAGAGUCAAGGAUACGCGCCCGCCAAUGCCGAACAUACUCGAAUCCCUGGGAUCUGGAAAAAGCUAGACACCUUGUACAACCUCCCAGCUCUGGAUGAACGUGAAGAUUCCCUGAUCACCGAUAUCCCCGAUGACGUGGAUGGCACAAAGGAGUUCUAUUGCCCAUUCGAGCUUCCCGAGGACGAAUACGGCGACCUGAUGUUCGAGAGAAGAUUGGCUAUGGAGGGAUCCCCGUCGCCGGAUCCGAGUGGACCGGCGGAUUCGCGAAGAGGGAGCACGGUGGCUGAUACGGAUGGUUCGACAUGGGCGCGCGUUGUGAAGCUCUAUGUUCCCGUUGAUGGAGGUUAA